UCUUUUUAUAUAGAUGGUAAAAAAACACACGGGAUGGGCUGUGUGUACACAAAACGGACAGUUAGUUAAACAUGGUAGACUGGUGAAUCAGUCAGCACAAGUUGCGGAAUUAUGGGCUUUGGCGGAAGCGUGUACAGUAAUGGGAGGGAACAAUGUAAACAUAUACACUGACUCACGUUAUGCAUUUGGAGUAGUACAUGAUUACCUGACCUUGUGGGCUAACAGGGGAUUUCUUACCAGUGCAGGAUCACCCAUACAAAAUGGGGGAAUGGUAGAAAAAUUGCAUAAAGCCAUUGAACUACCAAAGAAUGUGGCAGUAAUUAAAAUUAAAGCUCACACAAAAGGUACAGACCCACACUCAAAUGGGAAUAGGUGGGCAGAUGAAUGGGCCAGAAAGGCAGCCACAGAUGGAGAAGUAAUAGCUCCCAUUGCAGCUUUGCAAACUGCCCAGUUAUCCCCCAAAGAAAAUGUUUUACAGCUAGAACAACUGCAACAUGCAGCCCCAAGGGCAGAAAAAUGGCUGUGGAUGGAAAAUGGGGGAAAGCUGGGGGAAGACAACAUAUGGAGGGGUCCAAACAAUACGGUGAUCUUACCAGCUGUUUUGAUGAGUACUAUGGUUAGCUUAUAUCACUCCUUAGGACAUGAUGGAGCACGGCGCAUGCAACAUCGGAUGAAGCAAACAUGGUGGCAUCCGAAAUUAAACACUAACAUCAAUGACUAUGUCCGCAGGUGUAUCACAUGCGCUCGAUGCAACCCCGGACCAACCAUCAAAGUGAGAAUGAGACAACAGCCCAGACCAGAACAACCGUUUGCCCAAUUGCAAAUUGAUUUCAUCGGUCCUCUACCAGGAUGUAGGGGAAAGAAAUAUGUGCUGGUGCUCAUUGAUCAUUUUACUAAAUGGGUAGAAGCAUUUCCAACAGCGCACAACACAGCAACUGACGUAGCCAAAGUGCUAUUAACCGAAAUAAUUCCAAGAUGGGGUUUGCCAUGUGCUAUUGACAGUGAUCAAGGUACUCACUUUACAGGAAAAAUCAUUAAAACAGUAUGCCGAGCACUGGGGAUUAAACAAAAGUUUCACUGCCCUUUUCAUCCCCAAAGCUCCGGUCUGGUGGAACGUGCGAACCGCAGCUUAAAAAACAAACUAACCAAACAGUUGUUUGCAGGCACUGGAAAAGACUGGGUUUCACACUUACCGGCUGUACUUCUUUCCCUAAGAGCAGGCCCCACUAAUCCUGAAUCACUCUCUCCUUUUGAAAUGCUAACAGGUAGACCCAUGAGGACUCCUGGGGAUUUGUGUAUUGCAGGAGGAGAAUUGCAUGUGAUGGGAGAUAAGUUGCUGGAAUAUUGUAAGCUUUUAUCUCAGUGUGUACCACAGGACCCACGGACAAAACCGGAUCCAGUGACAGACCUGGAGGAGAGCCCCGCAGUCCAACCUGGAGACCAAGUCCUGGUGAAGUCCUUCCAGAAAAAGACAUUCGGCCCUCACUGGACUGGACCACAUACUGUGCUACUCACCACCCCAUCAGCUGCCCGCUUGACCGGAAUACCAACAUGGAUUCACCUGACUCGUCUGAGAAAGUACACGAGUCCAACACAACAUGAAGCGCAGCUCAAUCCUUCUUCCCCACAAAGUACUGGGAAGCCGGUUUGUGUUAACACACCUUAAGGCAGAAAGAUAUGCGGAUCCGCAGUUCUCAAAUGUGCACCAACGCGAGUGGAUACAUCUGGACUUGGGACCAUACUUUUAAUCAAACUGGAUGGGGAUCUUUCCAAUGCAACAAGGACAUAUGGAGAGUUGUAAACUGUCAAUUGUGGGGUUUGAAAAACCCAGGAAAACUUCUGGACAAUCUUUAAAUUGUGAGAAAUUGAUUCUCUCACCAGAACUGUACACAGGCCAACCCGAGGAGGAUGGGUCCCCCCUGCUGAGCCUUGGUUCCUCCCAAGGUUUCUCCCCUUUACUCUAGGGGAGUUUUUCCUUGCCACUGUUGCCAUGUGCUUGCUCACUGGGGGUAAAGGCCUGAAUAGGUUAUGGGGAAUAUGGCAUUUAGCACCAUAUUCCCAAAUACAAAAUGGGGGACUGAUAGGUUCCCUGUUUUAGGUACAUGUAUUACUAUAUAUAUAUUAGACUGUAUGUAGUGUAUUGUGUUUCCCUCUCUGCCAUCACUGUGUCUGUAGUUUGUAUGCCUGUAUGUCUAGCACCUCUGUAGUG